CGUGCCAGGCGAUGGCGUCGCCGCAGCUGCAGCCGCGGCCGCCUGUCGCCGGGGGAAUGGCGGAUUCGAGCCGGCCCGCAGCCGUGAACCAGGGCUACAGCCUCGCGUCCUCGUGGGAACACAAUGCACCACUGUCAGAGCGACAGCUGGCGACAAUCGCGAUGCUCGCGAAUGUGGCCGGUAACCGCUCCCUGCCGUCCCACCUGGAAGCGGAUGGGAAGGAGGGGCGGGAGGAGAGCGCAGCGACAGCAGCAGGCGCAGUGGGGGGAGAAGGAGGAGCGGACGAUGGGGAGGAGGGCGAGGAAGAGAGCGAUAUGUUGCUGCUAGUCAACAGCCACCAGUUCUACAAGUGGCAUUCAGAUCUUGAGACGGCAAUGAAGUCAGAGACAGAGGAGAAGUAUCGGCAGUAUGUGUGUGUGCUGGAAACGCAUCUGCAGACGUGCGACCACAUCCUCAUGCAGCUGGACAGCACGCUAGCACAAUUCGAUGAGCUGCAGGCGCAGCACCGGGGCGUGGCGAGCAAGACGCGCACGCUGCACGAUGCGUGCGAGCGGCUGGUGGCGGACAAGGAGCGCCUCGUGGAGUUUGCUGAUGCUCUGCGCUCCAAACUCAACUACUUUGAAGAGCUCGAUAAGAUCACGGGUCGGUUCCACUCAGCGUCCAUGAGUGUGAGCAGCUCACACUUCCUGCCUCUGCUCAAGCGCCUCGACGAAUGCAUCACCUAUGUUGCCUCCAACCUUCAAUAUGCAGACGCCAAUAUCUACCUGGUCAAGUUCAGACAGCUGCAGUCGAGGGCGCUUGGAAUGGUUCGGUCCCACGUGCUCUCGGUGCUUAGAGCAGCUGCCAACCAGGUGCUAGCGGCAAUGAAAGAGAGCGGGGUGCCGUUGGGGGCGAGGGGGUCGGGGGGAAGCAUAUCAGAGGGUGCAGAGACUUCGCUCCUCUAUGUUCGCUUCAAGGCUGCUGCUGGGGAGCUGAAGCCGCUAAUGGAGGAGAUGGAGGGGCGGGCGUCCAGGAGGGAGUACUCACAGCUGCUCUCGGACUGCCACACCAUCUACUGCGAGCAGCGCCUUGCUCUGGUGCAGCCAGUGGUGCAGCAGCGCAUCACAGACUUCGCCAGGAGGGAAACUCUGCCCACUCUCACUCGCUCCGGAUGCGCAUACCUCAUGCAGGUGUGCCAGUCAGAGCACCAGCUAUUCGACCACUUCUUCCCUGCAACCUCUGCUGACACCUCCAACCUCGCCCCUCUCAUCGACCCCCUCUGCACCGUCCUAUACGACGCCCUGAGGCCGCGGUUCAUCCACAGCGCCGACGUGGACGUGCUGUGUGAGCUCGUAGACAUCGUGCACGCCGACCUGCUGCACCACCACCUGCCGCGCCGGGGCGAGUGGGUGGCUGCCCUGCGGCCUACCAUUGCCAGGAUCCUAGCGGAUUUGAGGCAGAGGCUGAUCUUCCAAGCUCACACGUUCAUGCGGGAUGAGAUCUCCAACUACGUGCCCACCAGUGACGACCUGGACUACCCUGGCAAGCUGCAGCGAGCCGCUGCUAAGUCUGCUGCUGCCGCCGCUGCUGCUGCACAGGAGGGUGACCCGCAGGCAGCAGGAGCGGAGGAGCAAGGGGGAGACUCGUACGCAGGGUGGUACCCCCCUCUCGAGAGCACACUUGCAUGCCUCUCCAAGCUCUACCGCUGUGUGGAUGCUGACAUCUUCACAGGGCUGGCGCAGGAAGCAGUGGCAGUGUGCUCUGACUCCAUUCAGCGGGCUAGCAAGGUGGUGGCACGCAAGGCGAGUCCCAUGGAUGGGCAGCUGUUCCUCAUCAAGCAUCUGCUCAUUCUCCGAGAGCAGAUCGCCCCCUUCGAUGUGGAGUUUGGAGUCACGAUAAAAGAACUGGACUUCGCACACACACUGGAUCACUUGCGGCGAGUGCUGAGAGGGCAGGCGUCCUUCCUCAGCCUCACCUCAGGCGAAUCCUUCCUGCGCUUCUCACCCCGGGUCACCGAGAGCCACAUCGACGCCAAGAAGGAGUUGGAGAAGCUACUCAAGUCCACGUGCGAGCAGCUCAUCAUGUCCGUCACCAAGCUCACAGUCGAGCCCAUCCUCUCCUUCAUCACCAAGGUCACAGCGGUCCGGGUGGCAGGAUCAGCUCUCGCACUCAAGGCCAGAGGGGGAGACGCAGCAGCAGCAGGAGGGGAGGGGCAUGCCGGGCAACGCUUGCUGAGGGAGCAAGCGUUUGCCUCGCCAGAAAAGCUGGCUCAAGUGGUGAAACAGUCUCUGUACCUGCGGCAUGUUGCUUGCUCCUCACAACGCUGCUCGCUCUGCCUCGCUUGCCCCGUUCACCCUCUUCCUUCCAUCCACCACCUCUCCCAUCCCUCCCCCCUUCAGGUGGACCAGGUUCUCAAGGUGUCGCUUCCAGAUGGUGUAGCCGACAUUUCUCUCACUCCCUCCCUCCCAUUCACAAUGCUGUUCACUCCUCACAACGUUGCUUUCUGUUUCUCCUUUGCCCUUCUCUCCCCGGUCCAUUCCCCCUCUCUUUUCAGGUGGACGAGGCUCUCAAGGUGUCGCUGCCAGAGGUGGUCGCCAACAUGGCUCUCUACCUGCCGCACGCUGCUGCUGUUCGCACCUCACAAUGCCGCUCACUCCGCCUCGCUUGCUCCUCUUGCCCUCAUCUUUUCCUCUCCCCACCUUCAGGUGGACGAGGCUCUCAAGGUGUCGCUGCCAGAGGUGGUCGCCAACAUGGCUCUCUACCUGCCGCACGCUGCCACUCGUGCCAUCCUCUUCCGACCCAUCAAGUACCGCCCCUACCUCUCUUCUUUGCUUUUGGUCUCCCUCGCUCUCUCUCCCUCUUGUUUUGAGUCGACUUAA